CUUCUGAUCCACAUUUAUGAGUUCAUCACCACUUUUGUAACACCACUUCAACUUUGCUGCCUAAGAGGUACAUUGUAAUUUCCAAAUCCAGAAACCACUUCGUGUCUUUCUUUUCCGAAGUUCCAAUGGCUCUUCAAGCUGCUUCUUUGGUUCCUGCUUCUCUUUCCAUGCUCAAAGAGGGAAAGUCUCUCAAGGACUCUACCCUUUUUGGCCUUUCAUUAUCAGAACCUCUCAAAGCUGAUUUCAGCUCUUCUGCAUUGAGGUGCAAGAGAGAAUUCAAACAAAAAUUUGGUGCUGUGAGGGCUGAGACUGCUGCUACAGCUUCUCCGGCGGUUAAUUCGUCUGCACCUGAAGCCAAGAAAACAUUGAGGAAGGGUUGUGUUGUGAUUACUGGGGCAUCCUCUGGAUUGGGCCUUGCCACUGCCAAGGCUUUGGCUGAGACAGGAAAAUGGCAUGUGAUAAUGGCCUGCAGGGAUUUCCUCAAAGCUGCAAGAGCUGCAAAAUCUGCUGGAAUAGCUAAGGAAAACUACAGCAUUAUGCACUUAGACCUCUCCUCUCUCGACAGCGUUCGCCAAUUUGUAGAUAACUUCAGGCGAUCAGAAAUGCCUCUGGAUGUGCUUGUUUGCAAUGCUGCUGUUUACUUGCCAACUGCUAAGGAACCUACAUUCACUGCUGAUGGCUUUGAACUCAGUGUUGGGACUAACCAUCUAGGGCAUUUCCUCCUCUCACGCCUGUUGCUUGAAGACUUGAACAAAUCUGAUUACCCGGGUAGGCGCAUGAUCAUUGUCGGCUCAAUCACAGGAAACACAAACACAUUGGCUGGGAAUGUACCUCCCAAGGCUAACCUUGGUGACUUGAGGGGACUUGCGGGUGGCUUGAACGGGCUAAACAGUUCAGCCAUGAUAGAUGGUGGAGACUUUGAUGGGGCCAAGGCAUACAAGGACAGCAAAGUCUGUAACAUGCUCACGAUGCAAGAGUUCCACAAGCGAUACCACGAGGAAACCGGAAUCACAUUCGCGUCUCUUUACCCAGGUUGCAUUGCCACAACAGGCUUGUUUAGAGAGCACAUUCCCUUGUUCAGAACCCUGUUCCCUCCAUUCCAGAAGUACAUUACCAAAGGCUAUGUCUCAGAAGAUGAAGCAGGAAAGAGACUUGCACAGGUUGUGAGUGAUCCAAGUCUCACAAAAUCUGGUGUUUACUGGAGCUGGAAUAAAACCUCUGCUUCAUUUGAAAACCAGUUGUCUCAGGAGGCCAGCGAUCCCGAGAAGGCUCGCAAGGUGUGGGAGGUUAGUGAGAAACUAGUUGGUUUGGCCUAAAGUGGGAGCCUCCAACAUCCAUUUGACGCUUAAGCGGCCUUGCCAUGGAGGAAAAUGAUGUCUCAGAAGAGUGAAAAAUCCUAUCAUGUGUUGAUGUUGUUUUGCUAGCUAGGAACUUCUUUUUUGUCUUAUGUAGGAGUUGAUGACUUUUGGGAAUUAAGAGACAAUAAAAUCAUUCAACCAUGUGGCUUAGUGCUACUUUCUGAA